CCUUGACCAUCUGUUCAUCAGUGCUCUGUUCAUCAACACCAAGGGAGGUUGUCAGAUCUGGCUCAGCCACAUGGCAACCAUCCACGGCGUCCAGGUUUCAGACCUGUACAAGGUCUCCUGGGAAGACAUGACAAAGGAACGGAAGAAGCGGUUCAUCGUCGACGACGCCCCGACACUCGCCGUCAACCGCAUCUUCACGAUGGCUCAAGGGAGCACACCGACACGUGACUGGCUCACGGAUUGGCAGAAAAUCGUGGCAACGCCCGAUUUGGACUUGUCAUUUCCGCAUCUGCGGCGUGAGUUCUACAACAGGUCAUGCGCCGCUCUCAGCCUCGCACUUGGUGAUCGCGAGCAGUACAACACUUUCGCGGAGAUAAUCAACAAGGCGAGAGAGCUCAACAAGACUAACAGGCCGGCUGCACACGAGAAGUCCACGUGGCAGCCAACCUAUGUGGAGAAGGUACGAACUGGUCCGCGACAGCAGCAGUUCGCUGCAGUCCGGUCGGACAGUGGAGAUAACCCAGCAGCCAUUCCAGCAUCAAGUGACAGAGAUCAGGUGGCUGUUGUCCAGCCGCGAAGCACCAAUAAGUCCCGCAACAACGGGAAGGCGAAAUCCGCAUCGCAGGCAGGAAAUGGACAACCAGGACAAUUUCCAUGGGUCAAGUUUGGCUUGACCGAGGCGGAGUACAAGGUCCGCGGCCGCUACGGCAGCUGCUACUGGUGCAACAGCACCAAGCGCAAGACCUCCCUGUGCCAAGAUCUGGGCAAGGAGGAUGUGCGACCCCGCCUCAGCUCGGGAAACCGAGCUCCGCGGAAGUUUUUCUCGAAGCUGGAUUUGAAGUCAGGGUACCACCCCCAACUCGAGAUUCGCAAGGAGGACCGUUACAAGACCGCAUUCAAGACACGGUAUGGGCAUUUCGAAUGGCUGGUUAUGCCAUUUGGCCUUACGAAUGCCACGACCACUUUUCAAGCGGCUAUGACAACGGAGUUUCGACACUUGCUGGAUCGAUACGUACUUAUCUAUCUCGACGACAUCCUGGUGUACAGCCGGAGUUUGGAGGAGCAUGUGGAACACCUGCGCACCGUUUUGGAGCGGCUACGACAGGCCAAGUACGAAGCCAAUUGCGACAAGUGUGAAUUCGCGCGGCAGGAGCUGGAGUACUUGGGCCAUUAUGUGACGCCGCAAGGCAUCCGUCCGCUCGCGGACAAGAUCGAGGCCCUACGAGUAUGGCCCGAGCCCACAAACACCACGGACGUUCGUUCAUUCAUGGGAUUGGCGGGCUACUAUCAGCGAUUCAUCACCGGAUACUCCAGGAUUGUUGCACCUAUGACGAGGUUGCAGUCGCCAAAGGUGCCAUUCGUAUUCGAUGACGACGCACGCCGGUCAUUCCAAGCACUUAAGACGGCCAUGCUCAUGGCACCCGUCCUCAACAUCUAUGACCCCACCUUGCCGACGAGAGUGACUACGGACGCUUUCGGCUAUGGCAUUGGGGCAGUCUUGGAACAGCACGACGGCGAUGACUGGCACCUUGUGGAGUAUUUCAGCCACAAAGUGCCUCCCAUCAACUCGCUUGAUGAUGCAAGGAAGAAGGAGCUACUCGCGUUCGUCAUGGCUCUCAAGCGAUGGCGGCACUUUCUCCUUGGGCGUCGUAGGUUCACAUGGGUUACGGACAACAAUCCAUUGACCUACUACAAGACGCAGGAUACGCAGGGAAAACACUCAAGUGGCGGGGAAAGAGGCCCGCAACACUUGAAGCAGCGGGGAAACAUUCAAGUAGCAGGUGGGCCGGUACCACACCCUGUAGAGGUAGAUGUGCCUGAAACGUUGAUUGGGCUAGUCAUUAACAUUCUAGCAUUCUGUUUCGCUAUCUUGUACUAUGUGGAAGAGGUCAGUCCCGGUCAGGUCAGGACUUGUAUCUAAGUCUUCCACUGCUCUAUAAAAGCACCAUUUUGUAUGUAUCGGAAUGCACAUUGCUUGUUGAG